AUGGGUGACUUGCAGAAGACCAAGGAUGACAUCAAAGCGGGGAGGACUCCGAUGAGGGGGGUCAACCUCGGCGGGUGGCUUGUGGCUGAACACUGGAUGACUGCUAGUUCCCCAGCCUGGAACGGCGUCCCGACCGACUACGCCGACCGCGGCGAGUACAUCACGAUGAAGUACUUGGGCCAUUCUAAAGGCGACGGCCAGUUUGACCAGCACCGCAAAACCUUCAUCACCGAGGAGGAUUUUGCCGAGAUCGGGUCGUACGGUUUGAACACGGUUCGAAUUCCGAUCGGAUACUGGAUCACCGGAUUUGACCACAGCCCUGGCGGUGAUCCGGACGGCUACAAGAUGUGGGCUCCCGGCGCGAUUGGCUACCUCGACAAGGCCAUCAAGGAAUGGGGCCCGAAGCACAACGUUUUGGUCCUGAUUUCGAUCCAUGCUGCAAAGGGCAGCCAAAACGGCAAUGAUCACAGUUCGCCGGAAGAUCCGGGCCACUCCUACUGGUCAAAGUACCCGGAGAACGUCAACAACACGCUCGACUUGGUUCAAUGGCUGGCCGCUCGCUACAAGAAUGAUCUCGGAUUUUUGGGCAUCGGUCUCCUCAACGAGCCGGUCGAUCAAGAUGAGGCCGUCCUGAAGCAGUACUACUACGAUGCGUACGGCAGGAUCCGCAAGGACGUCGGCUCGGAUUGUCUGCUGUCCAUCUCGCCCAUGCUUUCUGAGCAGCAGCCAGGCCAGGGUGGCUGGGACAGCUUCAUGACGUCGGGCUUCACCAACGUGCGCCACGAGUGGCACAAGUAUCUGGUCUGGGGCUUUGACGGAUGGGAUCCGGAGAAGAUCAUCGACUUCACGAAGAAUACGCUGGUGAACGACUUUACGGGGUGGCACGGAAAUCCGCUGUUCGUCGGAGAGUGGUCGUUGGCUGCGGCCAGUGGGAUGAACGAUGAUCAGAUGCGCCGAUUCUCGCAGGCCGAGCUCGCCACCUUCGGCCAAACUCACGCCAAGGGCGGCUGGACGUUCUGGGCGUGGAAGCAGUACGGUGAUACCGGAGCCGGAAAGAACGGCUGGAGCGCCAAGCAAAUGUUCCACGCCGGAUUUUUGCCCAAGCAA